AAUAGACUAAAAAAUCAAACUUAAGAAAAUGUUUAAACAAAAUUUAAAAGCAAUUUUUGUUCUUUUAAUUAUUCAAAAUGCAAAUUCUGCAAUGAAAAAGUCAUGGAAAUCAUCAGCAAAUUUUGCAAGUAAUUUCCCUAAAUUGUCUCCUUUUGAGAACUCUGUUCUUGAUGUUGAAACAGAAGAACCGCCAGUUCCGUCAACAAAGAUAAGUGCGAAAUUAAGAUCACAAGAAAAACAUUUUGCAGAUCUUUAUAAUAGUAUAAAGGAUUCACAAAGAGUUGCUCAAGAUUUUGGAUCUUUUGCAUAUCAAGUUCCACAAACAUCAUCUGAAGAAGAAGAACUAGACAAUAAAAUUCCAAGUAAACUUUUAAAUUAUAAUCUAUCGGACGAAAAUGAAGAUGAUGAUAACGAAGAAUUUGAUCUUGUGAGAAAUGACGAAACUACAGAAUAUAAUCUUGGACAACUGAUGAAUGUUUCAAUCAAUUCUAAUGAGAAUACAGUAAGAGUAAAACUAGAUCAAAAGUCCUUAAAAGAUAUUUUCACAGGUCGUGGAAGGAAACACAACAUGAUGGAACGUGUAGCACCUUUAUUUGUACUCCCUUUCCUUAUACAAGCAGCAGUUAUUCCAUUUAUGUUGACAACAAUAAAAUUAUUUUUGAUGAAGUCAUUAUUUGCCGGAAAAAUAGCCAUUCUAUUCUUCUUACUUGGAGCUUUGAAGAGUCAUCAAAAUAGUAUUUAUAUGAAAUCAUUGCAAAAUCCACCACUUUUCUUAAAAGAUUAUCCAUCCCCAUAUUUACCUGAAAGAAGAGUUGAGACAAGUUAUGAUGGAUAUAAAUUUGAUGGAUAUAAAGUUGAUGGAAAACCCGAAGCAUUCAUUAAUUAAGAUAAUUUAUUUAUUUCACAUUUUGAUAUUGCAUUUAUUUAACACUUUCUUAUAGAUAGUAACUUAUAUCAUAUAAAUCAAAAUUUGAAACUUUACAGAAUAAAUUGG